AUGGCAAAAUACCGUAAUUUAUCAUCAGAAUUAAAUUUAGCCAGUGACUCCAGUUCACCUACAAGCUUAAACAGUGAAACCGCAUGUGCAGUUGUUCGUUCAAGUUCAAAUAUUUUGGAAGACAUUGAUCAAAGUUCAAAUUGUUCGAGCAUAUCAGCUCAUUCUCAACCAAAUUUGAAUAGCGAGACAUUAUCAGAAGAUGCAAAUCUGAGUUUAGAUAGUCAGAGAAUGUUAGGAGAUGUUUCAGUUCCGGAUCCAGCUUCCAGCUCAACUUGUGAUUCAAAUAUUAAUGAAAAUACAGCUAACAACGAAACUUUUGACACUACUGCAGAAGAUAUUGGAACAGGUCGACAACUAAAAAAUGUCUGUUAUUUUUGUGAUAAAGAUCGUAAGCAGAAUAAGGAAGAAUUGGAAACCGAAGCAACUAUAUCAUCCGUUCAUCAAACUCAAGUUUGUCCUCCAGACAUUAUUCUAAAUCCUUCACUAUGCACUGGUGUAGCUUUUGACAAUUUUGAUAGAUACGUUGACACAAUAAAUGGAAAAGAAACCUUACAUGAUACUGUGGGAAUUAUUUAUCAAAACAUAGAUGGUAAUUCCCAUAGUGAAUUAAAUGAAGAUGAUGAUACAAAUACAGAAGAUAUGUUGCCACCACCACCACCGUCGAAGAGAAGACGAACCUUAACAGAAAUCAUUCCAGAUAUUACUCCUUACAGCAAGCGAUUAAAGAUGAUCGGUCGCUUAACACCAGUCCAAAUUGAUCAACCAUCUCUACCUGAAAGUUCCUCUUUACUACAAACAGUUGAUCUAUUGCAUUUGCUGUCACAUGUUUUUCACGUGCCAAAUACACCGUCAUGGACAGGAUUUAACUGUCGAAUUUUAGAAGACAACAGUCUAAAACAAAAAGUAUCUUACUUAACGCCAAUCAAUUUAUCACCUACAAAUGUCUCAGUGGUAGCAUACACAAUGGAACAAGCACAAGGUGUUGGUAAAGAGUGUGCUUAUGUGCAAGUCUCAUAUGAUUUAGCAAUUGCUAAAAUAGCUUUAAAAAUUCAAGCAACAGAAGGUCUAAAAUUUAGCAAUCUUUUCAUACAUCUUGGCUCCUUUCAUUUGAUGAUGGCCUUUUUUAAAGCAGUUGGUACUUUCAUCGAUGAAUGCGGACUAUCUCACAUGAUGAUUGAGAGUAAAAUUAUCGCUUCGGGGUCAGUGAAUGGAAUAAUUGAAGGUAAACACUUCAAUCGUUGCAAGCGCUUGCAUCCAUUAAUGGCAUUAGGUUUACAAAUUUUACAUUUUGAUCAAUUUUUGAAAACCGAACGUGUUGAACACAAUUUUGUAAAGGGACAAAUUUAUGAAGAUCUUUUAGAAUACCAGGACACAAAAAUAUCGCAAUCAUCAACGCUUCGAGAUUUAUUACCAAAUGAAAUUUUAUCACAACUGCUCACGUCUUAUCAACAAUAUAUUGCAGAAACAAGGCAAGGUAAUCAUGGAAAAACAGCGCAGUUUUAUAUGAUCUACAUCCAGUUAAUUCGUUAUUACGUAAACUUGUCGAGAAGCAUACGUAUGGGUGACUUCGAAAUGUUUAAAGCCGUGAUUCCUAAAAUGGCCAACUUGUUUUUCAUUGUAAAUCAACCUAACUACGCUCGAUACUGUGUAAAAUAUGUAGAUAACUUGAAUAACGUCGCUGAUACACAUCCAGGUCUAGAGGAUGAUUUCAAUAAAGGAUUUUUCGGAGUCAAAAGAACUGAUAAACCAUUCUCAAGAGUACCAAUAGAUCUCACUCUCGAACAAACAAUAAAUGCUGAUGCAGCUAAACGACUCAGUGGAAUUUCACAUUUCACUAAUUCUAUAGCAGCGCGUCAACGUUGGUCUAAAAGUCACAGUAUCAGAGCUGCUUUAAUCUCUCACGUUUUGGAUAUUUGUGGUUUAAGGUACUUAGAAGAUGUAACUGCAGAUUUACAACCUAAUCGAAUGAAAAUCUAUGGUAAACAAUUAGCCGAUUUUGUUGAAGUUCUCGAGAAAAAUUGCAACCCAUUUGAUCCUAGUUUAGAUAGCGAAAAUCUGUACAAUAUUGCUACUUCAAAGCCUGUGUCUCCUGAGGUUGCUGACUACUUAAUCAGCAUCGAAGAAAAUGGUGAAGGUCUACGAAACCAGUUUAUCAAUGAAUGUGCCGAGGAUGAGAGUAGAUUUGAUAAGCCGAUUAAAAAAAAUCGAGUUUUAAAUUUUACUGAAGCUCCAAAGAAAAAGAAGUUGGCUCUCGGGAAUAAAGUUGUUGAACUGCGCAUGCAAAGAGAUUUAUUUGGUCGAAUGUUGGGAAUUUCCCUUACUCACAAGGUUGACAUUGAAAAAGUUUUGUCAUUCCCACUUACUCCGAUGCCAACGUCUAUGUGUCAUCCAGAUGGUUCAAUUUGUAAAACCGACAAAGCACAAUUAACAAAAUUGAUGGAGAAGAAAUUGGAAACUGCGAUCGAUCAACAGCCGUCAUCUUUUGACAUUAGUAUCGUUGAUGGUUUUUUUAUGUUGCAUCUCAUGAAAGAGAUACCACAAACUUUUGAUGGAAUCGCUAAAAAGUUUCUUUCUGCGAUCUCCCAAAUGAAAUCAGUUCGGAUCGAUGUGAUUUUUGACCAAUACUUUUCACCAUCAAUUAAGGAUUUUGAACGUUCACGUCGAGAAGAGUCAACCAUUCCAGUAUCUAUCGGUCCUAAUCAAAUUCGGCCACACAAUUUCGGAGCAGAACUUAAAAACAUGGAAUUUAAAAUAGCUCUAGUUAACUUUUUUAUUGAUCACUGGGAUAGUGAAGACAUGGUACCUUUUAUUGGUAAUAAAAUUAUUUAUGUAAGUUUCAACAAAUGUUAUUCGUAUAAAGUCUUGAAUAACAAAGUUGUACGGAGUAUCGAAGAAUCUCUAUCAUGUGAAGAACACGAAGAAGCUGAUUCUCGUAUUAUUUAUCAUAUAUGUCAAAUUGAUUUCGAUGCCGACGUUGUUAUACGCUGUUCUGACUCCGAUAUUUUAAUUAUACGAGUAUUACUGGGUAAUAUGGAUCACCUCAAUGCAUUUUUGAAGAUUUGGAUUAACAUUGGUGUAGGCAAUCAUCAGCGAUACGUAAACGUUAAUGAAUUAUACCGAAUCCUUGGUGAUUCUCUAUCAAAAGCUUUACCAUGCUUCCACGCAAUCACGGGGUGCGAUUACACGCCAGCAUUCUUUAGAAAAGGUAAAGUUAGAUCUUUUAAAAUUUUGGAAAAAUCUAAAGAAUAUCAAUCAGCGUUUGGAAACAUAACUACGGAUAACGAAGAUUUACUUGACAGUACUUUUGUAAUCCUUGAGAAGUUUGUUUGUCAAAUGUAUGGAGUUAAAAAUUCUUCAGAUGUGAAUAGUGUUCGAUUUCAUUUAUUCUCAAAUACUUUUCAAUCAAAAAAAUCCGAUGAAAAUUUUGAGAAGAAAUUUCGAAACUUUGACUCAUCGAGUUUGCCACCCUGUAAAGCGGAAUUGCAACAGCAUUUAUUGAGAGUGCGCUACGUGACUAAACUUUGGAGGAAUGCUCACUUGAAACAUCCAACUUCUUUAUCUCCAGUUGCUUCCGGUUGGUCCAUCAAAGAUAAUAAAUAUGAUUUUGUCUGGUUCCUGGGAGAGCAGUUACCAUCAUCAAUUGCUGAUAUUAUUAUUCAAAAUGAGAGAGUUUUAAGAAAUGAUGACAAUGACCAAGACGAUGAUUUCAAUACUUCUAGCAAUGAGAGCGACGAUGAUGACGAUUGUGAAGAUGCAUCCUUCGUUUGUAAUACGAUUAUGGAAUGAAAUAUUUAAAAACUAAAGAAGAAUUCUUAAUAUUUUUAAUUUGUUAUUUAUGUGUGUUACCUGAGCAUUAUAAAUAAAAAAUUUAAUUUUUAAACCUUCAAUAAUGCAUUUUAAUUUUUUCGUUUUUGAC